AUGAGGGAGAUUGUGGAGACAGCGAGGAAAUUGGGGCAUAAUUUGCCGGACGAGGUUAUGGAUGCGAUGAUUAACUGUGAUCCGAUGGAUCUGUACUUGAAACCAAGUAUGCAGUGUGAUUUUGAGAAGGGCAAUUAUAUGGAGUACGAAUAUCUAGUUGGCGAGCCGUUGAGGGAAGCGGAGAAAAUCGGCGUGCCUACGCCAACGCUAAAGGUCAUUUACGAGAUUUGUAAGGCACUACAGUGGAGGAUUAUGGAAGAGAAAGGGUUGGUUGUUGUGCCGCCCAAGAUGGUAUUAUGA